AAAUUAUCUCAGCAAGCUUUGUGAGAUUGACUGGUCAGGGUUGAAUUCCAUUUUCACCUCAGUUGCCCUGCAGGUAAGGUAUCUCUGUACUGAUUCUCUCAUGAGACUAUCCGACUCCGAUUCUGGUGUUCAGUGCAGACCGUCUGUACUCUGCCCUGCCAGGUUGAUCUCCAGCCUUGUCUUUUUGGGUUCUCAUGCUUCAACUUCCGCAUCCUCAAUCCAUCAAUCAUUGACGUCAAUAAUACCGGCACAAAUCACACGAGGCAGUGGCGGCUCUCAGCACGCUAGCACGCCAAGUGGUCUAUCUUCAUCCGGGGAUACAAGCUGCCAUUGAUAAUAAAAAGCUAUUCAUUUGGACAUUCUCAGGCCAAAGGCCACCGAGGUUGGCGGCGAGACGC